CUCUCUCUCUCUCUCUUUAAUACCGCUCCCUGCAGCCACUCACACGCUUCACGAUCUGCGCUUCAGCUUCACCUCAGCUGGACUUUAAGCUCACACAGAUCGUUUUCACGUCCAAAGCGAAGACGGCUGAUUUCACACUUUUUUUUUUUUUGGGAUAAAACCAGCGUUAUAAAAAUGGAGCUUUUCUUGUUUUCUGUGUGGCAGACAAGUGUGGUGCACAUUCUCCUGCUUUCUGGGAUUCAGGCAGAAUCAAGUCAUUCUCAGAGUGCAUACUUCUUGCCUGAGUUUGCUCUCUCACCCCAAGGAAGCUUUCUGGAGGACACAACAGGAGAGCAGUAUCUCACAUAUCGCUAUGAUGAUCAGACAUCAAGGACCACACGCUCUGAUGAGGAGAGGGACAAUGGAUGGGACGCUUGGGGAACAUGGAGCGAUUGCUCUCGCACCUGUGGAGGAGGAGCCUCUUACUCUUUAAGGAGAUGUCUGAAUGGAGGGAAUUGUGAAGGAAGAAACAUCCGUUACAGGACGUGCAGUAACACAGACUGCCCUGCCGAGUCAGGUGACUUCAGAGCUCAGCAGUGCUCCGCCCACAAUGACAUCAAAUACCAGGGACAGACAUAUGAGUGGAUUCCAGUGAGCUAUGACCCAAUCGCACCUUGUGCCCUCAAGUGCCAUGCUCAAGGGAAGAACUUAGUGGUGGAACUGGCACCUAAAGUUCUGGAUGGCACUCGGUGCAAAGCAGAUUCUCUGGAUAUGUGCAUUAAUGGCAUAUGCCAGGAAGUGGGCUGCGAUAGGCAGCUAGGCAGCAACACUAAGCCGGAUAAUUGUGGAGUGUGUGGAGGAGAUGGCUCCAGUUGCCGCCUGAUCCGAGGCCAAUCACAAAUACACGUCUCUUUGGAGGAGCCCCUGAAGACAGUGCUGGAAGUUCCUCUGGGAAGCCGAGGUCUGAGACUUACAGCCAAAGGUCCUGACAUCAUAAUGAUUGAAGCUCACAGUCUGAACAACAGGAGAGAUGAGCUGGUGUUGAGCUCUUCAGGCUCAUACUCUCUGGCCAACAGUACUGUGGAUUAUCAGAGAGGAAGAGAAGCUGAUAGACAGAUUCUACGCUGCCAUGGGCCGCUCACUGCAGACUUCACUAUCAAGUUAAAGUAUGCGGCUUUAAAAGACACAGUGGUCAUGUACAUGUUCUACCAGCCGAUUCGCUAUCAGUGGAGAGAGACGGCGUUCUUCCCCUGCUCUGUAAAAUGUGGAGGAGGUUACCAGCUAAACUCAGCUGACUGUGUGGAUAUCCGCUACAACAGAACUGUCGCAGAUAAUAACUGUCACGGCUAUCCGGAAAACACUAAACCCAAACCCAAGCUGAAGGAGUGCAACAUGGAGCCCUGUCUCGAAAGCGAUGGCUUCAAAGAGGUCAUGCCUUACGACCACUUCCAGCCUCUUCCACGGUGGGAGCAGAACCCCUGGACUUCGUGUUCAUUAUCAUGCGGAGGUGGGAGUCAGGAGCGCAGCGUGGUCUGUGUGGAGGAGGACAUGCAGGGCCAAAUUGUUCAGGUUGAGGAAUGGAAGUGCACACACUCAGCACGGCCCAUCUCCAAACAGAGCUGCAAUAAUUUUGAGUGCCCAAAGUGGUUGGCAAUGGAAUGGUCUCAGUGCACAGUAACCUGUGGCCGUGGUCUACGUUACCGUGUGGUUGUAUGUGUGGAUCACCAAGGGGAGCACACAGGCGGCUGUACCACUGAACUUAAACCCCACAUCAAAGAGGAAUGUUUAGUGCCAAUCGCAUGCUACAAACCGAGAGAGAGUGUGCCUGUAGAAGCCAAAGUCCCAUGGCUAAAACAAGCCCAAGAACUGGAGGAGACCAAAGUGGCCACUGAAGAGCCAACUUUCAUCCCAGGCCCAUGGUCUCCUUGCAGUGUGUCUUGUGGUGUGGGUAUACAGAAGCGCACUGUGAAGUGUAAAGUGUUUCUAGCCUUCACCCAGACUGAGGUGGAUCUUCCAGAGGAGGAGUGUGGCGAGGAUAAACCUCUACACCAAAGGUCCUGCACCCUCGAUGCCUGCUCCAAACUGCCACAACUUCCGCAGCACCCACAGGAAAAUCAGAAUAAAUCCUCCAGAAAACGCUAUGUUUGGGAGUAUAGCGGUUUUACGCCAUGCUCGGUCUCCUGUGCUUUAGGCAGACAGAUGGCUAUUAUUUUUUGUGUAAGGGCUGGGAGCCGGGAGCUGGUGGAAGAUACACUCUGUGAUGAGUCAAUCAGACCCCGCACCAUCAUGCGCAUGUGCAACCCUCAGCCUUGUCCUGCCAGAUGGGAGGUAAGCAUGUGGAAUACAUGCUCAGUGCCAUGCGGCAGCGGGUUGCAGACGCGCAGUGUGUGGUGUGUGAGGUCUGUAGGAGCCAAUCAAAGUGAGCCAGCGUCAAACUCUGAAUGCCAAGAACCCCGCCCUGCAGAAGUUCAGACCUGCAAUCAAGUACAGUGUGUCCCCAACUGGGAGACCGACGAGUGGCAAGAGUGCUCUACUUCAUGUGGUAGCGGAACACAGUGGCGUAAGGUUUACUGCAGGCAACGUUUGGCCACAGGGACUUAUCGGCACCUGCAAGAUGAAGAGUGUGAGGGAGAUAAACCUGAUACACACCGACCGUGUGUUAGCACACAGUGCCUAAAACCUCACCUAGUGGGAGGAGAGUGGUCCAAGUGCUCUGUGACAUGUGGAAAGGGAAUCCAGCGAAGGGAGCCUGUGUGUAGAAGACAGACUGCGUCUGGUCAGCUGGUCACUCUGGACAGAUCUGUGUGUAUUGGCCUUCAACCUCCACCUCUAAUCAGGAGUUGCCGAAUGAGUCCCUGCAACAAGCACAAGUACUCCAAGAAACAUUGUCCUCAAGUCCUGGGUCUCAAACGCAUCUACAUCCAGACAAAACAAGAGAAACGCCUUAGCUUUACAAUUGGUGGACGUGCUUAUCUUAUCCCGAAGACAUCAGUCAUUAUCAAAUGUCCGGUACGCUACUUUCCCAAAGCCCAGAUUCGCUGGGAGAAAGAUGGUGCGGAGCUUCAAAGAUCCAAACAUCUAACCACCACAAAAUCUGGAGCCUUAAGGAUUUACAGCCUGGAAGUUGGAGACAUUGGGCAGUAUCGGUGCUGGGCUGGCCAGGAUUCAGACAUCUUUAUCCUGAAACUGAUAGGCCAUAAUAACAGACUGCUGGAACAUCCCGAGGGUAAGAAAUUGGUAAAGCAGAAAAUCAGCAGCUCCAGAAUUUUCUCUAACAAAGAAAAAGGUUUUGUUAAUUCCAAGUGCCAGAAACAGGAGCAGGAGGGGUUUUCUCUGGCUAAGAAGGUCCAGAAACAUGGGCAAAGCUGGCUACAAAAGAAUGACUUAUAUCUGGACGAAGACCAAACUAAGGAGCCAGGGGAUUCCAUGGACUUAGGCAACUAUCUUUUAGCAUCUACUUCUACUAGUGACUCUGUGAUUUCAGCAGCCUCAGGAGCCUUCACUCUGGAGCCAGUUGAGUUUGAGGAACUUAUCAGAAACAUCAGCCAGCUUGCAGAAAGUGGAGAUAUGACAGAUGACCUUGCCUCUCAGCUUAUUGGCAAGCUGAUGGAGGAGAUAGCAGCAUCCCAGGGUGCAACAGACAACGAGACAAUCCAAGUGGAAAGCAAAAAUCUAGACAGAGCACCUAACUCUUCUGAACGCUCUGGAAGGAAAAGUGUGAAGAGCAGAGCGGUUAUCAUUCGUCAUAGCCCACACGGGUCCACAAUGAGCUUUCAGAGAGACCUUAGUAUCAAUGUGGGUAAGACUGCCUACAUAACCAAUGCCACUCGAAGUCUGACAGUACUCUGUUCAGCUCGGGGUAUUCCAAUACCUACUGUAACCUGGACCAAAGAUGGACUACUGCUGCAGGCCAGUGCUGGAGGACUGCAUAUCGCUAGCCCUGGAGCCAAAGAUGUUGGAAUCUACAGGUGCACAGCAAACAAUGAGUUGGGAUCUGAUUCUGAAACAACACAGGUGUUAUUGGCUGAACACCCCACUAUCAUGGCUUCGUGGAAAAACAUAUCCGAGCUGCACAGUGACAACCUGAAAGUGGUAGUAGGAGGCAAAAUAAGAACUCCUAUUGGUGUCAAUCUCACUUUGGACUGUCCAGUUACAGGUGUUCCUCAGCCGAGAGUAAGCUGGCACCGUUUAGAGGGCAAGCUGAGUGCCAACAUUAUUUCACUCUCAAAUGGGUCUCUGCUUCUUCACAAUCUCACGCUUCAAGACGAUGGCACCUACAGCUGUGUAGCAUCCAACCCCAUCGGCAAGGCUUCGGCCUCCAGCAGGAUCCACAUAGCUGAUGUCAGUGGGACAGCAUCUAAUGAGAAGAGCUCCUUGUUGAAAAAUGUGAACAGGAAACGAGUUGUGAUGGCCUCCCGCACAGGAACAGUUAUCACAGUCAAACCUGGGGACAUCCUGAGGAUUGGUUGUCCAGUUGUCUCAAACCACCGGAAGCUCAUCAAGUGGUCUUAUGAGAAUCAAACCCUAAAGCAGACACCAGGCCUACACUACCGUGUGCUUGCUUCAGGUCGUAUUCUGGAAGUGCACACUCUAAGCAGCAGGUUUGAAGGACACUUCGCAUGCCAAACCCACACCAACAAUCUGAUGUUUUCUGCCUGGAUUCAGAUCUUCUCAGAAGAAUUCGAGUGGCGUCUGAGUGAAUGGAGUGUGUGCAGUGCGAGUUGCGGAAAUGAAGGCUCUCAGAGCAGGAAAGUUCACUGCGUAAGUGGCAGUGGGCACGAGAUGCCACCCUCGACCUGCCAACAUCUUCCGAAACCCUCCUCUCUCACACGGCCAUGUAACCUCCUCGACUGUCCUCCCAGCUGGGGUUCCACCGUGUGGUCGAAAUGCUCCACGUCAUGUGGUCGCGGUUUCCGGCAGAGGCGGGUGUCAUGUCAGCGUCUGGAGGCCAGCGGGAGCGUUCAGGUUUUAGCCGACGCAGCGUGUGAAGAAACAUUACGCCCUGAACACAGAGAGCCGUGUGUUUCAGAAGCUUGUGCUGAGUGGAUCAGGGGCCCCUGGGGACAGUGUUCUGGUCGUUGUGUCGGCCCAGCUGUGGCGACUCAGAGAAGAACAGUGAUGUGUAAGCAACUGAACAGCUCAGACUCCAACACAGCCUGUGACCCCAGAGAACGACCAUCUUCGGUAAAGAACUGCACGUCAGAAACGUGCGACGUUUACUGGAGGGUGUCGCCAUGGCGAAUGUGCACUGCAACCUGUGGAAGUGGCUUCCAGUCACGCAGGGUUGAAUGCGUACAUCACCAUAACAAUAAGACCCACCCUGACCUCCACUGCGCCUGGCAGCGUCGGCCUGUCACCUGGCAACACUGCAACAUCACUUCCUGUGGCAAUGAGUGUAAGGAUACGACACAUUACUGCGCCGUUGUAAAACGCCUCAGGUUGUGUCCGAUUGAACUGUACACGCAGAGAUGCUGCAAGUCCUGCUCAGAAGACUCGGGCACUAUCUAGUGCUCGCUGAUGGAACAUGACAAGCUUUAACAGCACACUGGCUCCUGAACACUGUUCUUUUUUUCCAAUCCAAGCACAUGUGGAACAAAUCUGAAGUGGAAGAACUCCAGGACUUAAAUGAGGAGAGAGUGCCAUUUUUUGGGACAUGGCCGAGUUUAAGUGGAUGCUCGAUGGAAUUUGGACUAAGGGGCCUCUAUCUGGGCUGAAGGAAGUUCUGGGUGUGUAUUAGCAAUUCACCACUGUCAAAGAAAAACAAGACAAAUUUAGCUCUUUCCUCUCAUCAUUAUAUAAAGUUCAUUAACGGCACCGUUUGUGGAAUAAUUUAUAAAUAAAAAAAUGUGUUUUGCUCUAUAUUUAAUCAUCGGGAUGCCAAGCAGAGAAUAUCGGACCAUUCACAUGUGUGAAGGGAAGCUAAAAUAGGUACAGCUGAAGUGUACAUAAGGGAUGCUUACAGUAGAUGAAAAUCGAAAUGUAUUUUAAGUGUAACACUUUAUUUGACCUAAAUAUUGACUUCAUAACACAUAUAUAAGCAGUGGAUGGCAUGAUUGAUAGAAUGCCUGAGAACAAGAGAACAACAACUUUUGGCAUUAUUGGUAAAAAUAUGCAGUCACCAAAAAAUACAUUUAAAAGAAUAAGUAAUGCAUUUUUAUGCAAUAAAAAAUUAAUAAAUGUAAGCCCUAUCAUAAUAGUAGUUGCACACAAACACUAGGCAGCCUCCAUUUCACUAUUAACUUCUCUUAAAAGUAGAAUAACUGCCACCCUUUCAAAGGAGGCGGUCUGUAUACAUUUAAUUCCAUAAAACACAAUAGACUUUGCUCGUACAGGCAUGGAAAAUAUUCCAUUACCAUCCAAAGUGCAUUAUUCUUUUCUUUUUAAGGCUUAUAGAUCCUCCAUAUAUACUGCGUUUUACCACAGCAAUUUUCCUCAAGAUUCUAGAGAGACAGGGACUGUUGAUUUAGGCUGCCCGAACUGCACAUCCUACAUCGAACUGCGAAUAAGUGUGAAUAAGUGUUUAGUCUUAAAGCUCAGUGGGUCAUAAGUUUUAGAAAUUUGCUUUGCAUUUAAAAACCCAUGCAAUGAAGUGCAAAUACACUGUAUAGACAAAUAUUUGUGAACACAAUUUGUGAGAUUUGUAUGCAUUUCUUUGAGCAUCUAAUUCCACAUUUAGUCCCUAUUUGCUCUUAUAAUAAUCUCCACUCCCCUGGGAAGAUGUUCCACUAGGUUUUGGAGUGUGCUUAUGGAGAUUUGUGCCUAUUCAGCAACAUAGGUGUUAGUAGGCAGGCACUGAUGUAGGGUGGGGAGAUCCAGGGUGCAGUCAAUUCAUUCCAAAGGUAUUCAAUAGGGUUGAGAUCAGAGCUCUAUAGCAGGCCACUCAAGAUCUUCCACUCCAACCCCGUAAACCUUAGGGCUCAAUUUGUGCACAGGGGCAUUGCCAUGCUGGGACUGGUCUGAAUCUCCUAGUUCUGAUGAAGGUAAAUAUUCAAUUCUACUGUAUCUAAAGACAUCCUAUACAGUUAUGUGCCUCUAAAUUUGUGGUACCAGUUUGGCGAGAAACCACAUGUGUCUGGAAAAGGCAGGUGUACCAAUAUUUUUAGCCAAAUUGUGUAUAUAGUGGUACUGAAAGCCUUUAUAAUCAGUUUUCAAAUAGUAAGAUUCUGAAGCUUUUAGCCAGAAAAGUGUACAAAAGUUGAAAACACUGUUGCCCAUAGUAAACAUCUAAAACUGAGACCAUAUAACCACAGUCUCUUAUUUUUCACACAAUCAGGCAUAUAUGCAACAUUACCGGUUUAUAACUAGUCAUGACUGUUUCUAAAACACUAUUUUUUGCUUAUUCAUGUGUUAUGAAGACAUUAUGUAGAUCACUUUAAUGUAUGAAGGACUGAAAUGUCACAAGAGCACACUUGAGUCUCCAGUUGCUAUGUCUUUCUUUACGUGUGUGUGUGUGUGUGUGUUCGUGUUCAACCAAAUGUGCUGCAUUGUAAAUGAAUUCCUGUACAGACUGUGUUUUUUUAAGUGCAAUAUUGUACAUUGAGUGUAGAGAUUCGGGACUUAUUUUCUUACCUGCUAGUGUAGUUUACAUCAUAAUCCGUAUUUAAGACUACAGAAAAACCUUAUCAUUUAUUCCCAUGGAUAAUUCAUAAGUCGGCUACCGUGUCCUUCUGUACUUAAAAGCAUGCAACGGUUUGAAACGUUUGAAUAGAUACAAAAACCAUGUACAGAUAUACAGCAGUAUUUGGCUACUGACGUGUGUCGUGUUUGGGAUGGUGAGAGUUUUGAAAGGGGACUGUCUGGAAAUCCUUAACACCUUUCUGUGUUAUAGCAUACAAUAACAAUAAAAACAUUUUUGAGAAAGAG